AUGGCGAAAAGCGAUUCAGUUGUAGAGUUUGAUAAUGUUAAUGGUUUUCCUUUGUAUCUAAAAGUCGAUUCACGUAGUGGUUCUCCAAAGUCGAAAUAUUUUACAAUAUCAUAUAAAACGAAGGAAAAUAAGUCAAAUUGGCCCUUGCUGCCGUUGUUUUUGGCUUUAUUUUUCAAUGUUAUUGCUAUGUGCUACAUAACCAUAAGUGUAACAACGAUUGUAGUGAUUAUAAUUGUACUGACUUUCUUGCUGUUCUUUUAUAUGACACGCUGUGUUCAGUCAGAAAGCCUUCUUGUAAUACCAACUGUGGGAAUCCAAAGCUCAAUAAAGUAUGUGUAUGGCAGAGAGAACAACUUCAUACCCUGGUCAUGUGUAGAUGAUGUCAUUAUCAAUGAAGUUAUUAAGCUGAACAGAGUACUGUACUACCUCACUAUAUUGGUGAAGACAAAUUACAAUAAUCCAGAAAAUGAGGCAAUCAAACUAAUACCAUUAUUCAAGUACACAAAACCAAGAUUAAUGAUGCUGGAGAGAAUAUACUCGGAACUUCAAACAUUGUUAAUGGAGGCUCCAGUUGUAGAUGCAGGCAUGGGCUCUGGUGACAUUGGAUAAAUCAAAUAUUUAUUUAGAGGUAUUUGAACUAAUAGAGUGGGCAAUAUUUGCUGUGCAAUAAUUUGAUAAUUAGUAGAACGUGUAGAUAUUGAAAAUAUUUUUUUAUUAUGUAGCAAUUGAAGAUAGACUGGUAGGAGCAAUUAUUUACAGUUUGUCUUUUUUGAAGAUGGGAGUAAAAUGACAUUUGUAGGGUUACCAAUUUUCAUAAA